AACGUCUUGGAAUCAUCUAAAUUGACGUUUUGUUGAAAAGAAAACAUAAUCAACAUAAUAAUAUUCGUUAAAUUAUUUCAUCAUUGAUGAAUACAUUUUUUACGCCAAGUAGGUGUGAUUCGUUUUUCUACUCAUGGAAAACUCGUAUCUAAAUGUGGCUCACGUAUAUGGCCGUAAGGCAGAACAUUAUGCCAAACAUCGUCGCUACGAUGAAGCUAUCGAAAAUCAUCGUCGGGCCGUAUCAAAUUUGGACGAAGCAUUGAAAAUUUCUCCUCUGUCAGCGUUUGUUCUGGAAUCACUUCAGCUGCAGCGCAAAUAUCAUUUAAAACAGGCAGAGUUUCUGCGGCAUAAAAAACAGCAGCAUGAACGUUAUAUGAAGGCCGUAGAAUACCAGCGUCGAAGGAAUCCAGAAUACCUGGUUCAGCAGAUAGAAAAAUUGGAAAAAGUCAACGAACUUCAGGUUGCCAUCUAUCGUAAUAUGGAUGAUACUGAUUCGUUGCUUGAGGCGUUGACUAAAUCUCGCAGCAGUGGAUCGGAUGUUGGUAGUAACGACACGAAAACAACCGUGGUGGAUGAGCUUGUUUCACUGAAUCACUCACUGCAUGUGUUAAUUCAUCGAAUGGUUCAAAAUCUGGACGAUCUCAGUACGGAAAAUGAAUCCUUGAAGGAAAAAAUAAGUCUCCAAGAAAAGGAUAAAGAAAAUAAGCCUUCAAUGGGUACUGGAAAGCGUGUCUCCGAAAGAUGCCAAGAUCCCUCAUGUGAAACCGGACGCGAUGCUCUAGAAGCGAUGGGCUAUCAUUCGGAGGAACUGCCGGCGUUGGCUCCACUUGAGUUACCUACGUUCGAUCUGUCAGGCUUCGAAGAUCAUUAAUCUGUAAUAGACGUUUAUAAGCUAACAUUUCGGUAGGUCCUUGCUCCUACAGGUUGAUGUUUGUAUUGUAUUUUAAUGUAAUUUUUUGGUUGCGAUUGUGAAUCGGUAGAUCUAGUUUUGUUUUAUAGAUAUGUUUUAUAUUUUG